AUGCAGCGGGGCAGCCGUCGGUUGCACGCCGUGAACAGGUCGACGGGGCACCGAUGGAGCCCCAUCCCAAAGCCGCCGCCGCCGCACGUGGAUCGGCUCUGCGGGACGCACAGUGUGCUCAACGCCCUCCGGGCCUUUUACAACGCCGCCGGCUGUCGGCAUCCGCACCGGCAGAGGCUGCACUGCCUGUUUGUGCGGGACUUUCGCCUGGCCUUGGGCGGCACCGACGCCGAUGCGGCCUCCACCCGCGCCGCGGCGGGCGCGGUGGCGGACAACACGAGCAUCCAGAGGGCGCGGGAGGAGGAGGGGGAGGAGGUGACGGAGACGGAGAGUCGGGGGAGCCACGGCGACGUGUGGGUGCCCUCGCAGUACCCGAAUCUGCAGCGUAUUGUGCGCCUCGCGCGCGCGCUGCGCCUCGACGUGAGGGCGGUGGAGCGCUUUGAGUUGGUGCAGCUAUGCGGGGAGCGGCGGAACCAGAACGUGGUGCUCGAGCUGGCAAGCUACACGCCGUGGGAGGUCGUGUCGUGUCCGUGGCCCGGCGGCGGCGGCGGCGGCGGCCGCAGUAGCCGUGACGGGGAGGAGCCGCCGUCCGGGCACCCGGGCGGGGACGAGAGUGUGCUCUUCCUCGAUCACGUUAUUGAUCCCGGCAACGUCGGCGCCGUCAUGCGGUCGGCGUUUUUUCUCGGUGUGCGGUGCGUUGUGCUGAGCUGCGACAGCGCGGGGUGCAGCGCGGCGGUGGCGCGGGCGAGCGCGGGGCUCAUGGAGCACAUGGCCGUCUACCGCAGCGUGGUGCCCACCACAACGUUCCUUGCGAACACUAUCGCCCAGCACAAGGCCCGCGGCGACCCCUGCAGGCUGGAGAUCUACGCCGCCAUCACAACGCCACAGCACGCGGCCGUGCAGGAUCGACGCCAAUCAACUGAAGUGACGGAACGACGAGGAGGGGUAGGCCCAAUGCGGCGUCGGCUGCUGUUGCUGGGGAACGAAGACAAGGGCCUGCCACGCGAGGUGGUGCGCCUGUGUUCGCAUGCAGUGCACAUCCCCUCCCCGCGGCGGCGGCAGCAGCAGCAGCAGCAGCCGCUACCUCGCGCGGGCGUCUCACCGAAGCGGGCGAAGGGGACCGGGCGGAGUGCAGGGGAUGCGCUGCAAGACGAUGCUGCCGUGCUGCGGCCGCAGGAGGUGUCGCUGAAUGUGAGUGCGGCAGCCGCCAUCAUUCUCGCCGCUCUGCUGGCCGGGGACCGCUCCGUCGAGAUUCACCGACUUGGCUGA